GCGCGGGCCGGAGCGGAGCGCGCGCACUGCCCGCCCGCCCCCGGCGCGCCCGCCUCCGCUCCGCCUCCGUCCGAGGCGCGGAUGAGGAGGCCGGGGCGGGGUAGCGCAGGGGGCAGGGCGGCGGCAGGCGGGCCGAGGGGGUGUGUGUGGUGGGGGGGUGGACGGGGAGGAGCGGGGCCCGAUAAAAGGCUGCGAGGCGGCCGCACCCCGCGGCAGGCCGGCGGGCAGGCUCGGCGCUCCCCUUCCGUCCGGCCCGCGCGGGUCGCGGGGAGGCGGUGCGCGCGGCCCGCAGCCCGCCCAUGGAGGCUUUCCCUUGGGCGCCCCGCUCGCCCAGCCGCGGCCGCGCCCCCCCGCCCAUGGCGCUCGUGCCCAGCGCCCGCUACGUGAGCGCCCAGGGCCCGGCGCACCCUCAGCCCUUCAGCUCGUGGAACGACUACCUGGGGCUCGCCACGCUCAUCACCAAGGCGGUGGACGGCGAGCCGCGCUUUGGCUGCGCCCGCGGCGGGGACGGCGGCGGCGGCACUUCCCCGCCCUCCUCCUCCUCCUCGUCCUGCUGCUCCCCCCACGCGGGGACCGGGCUCGGGGCGCUGGGGCCGGCGCUGGGGCCGCCCGAUUACGAGGACGACGACGACGACAGCGACGAGCCCGGGUCCCGCGGCCGCUACCUGGGCGGCUCGCUGGAGCUGCGCGCCCUGGAGCUGUGCGCCGCGGGCCCCGCCGAGGCCGGGCUGCUGGAGGAGCGCUUCGCCGAGCUGAGCCCGUUCGCGGGUCGCGCCGCCGCCGUGCUGCUGGGCUGCGCGCCCGCCGCUGCAACCACGACCGCCGCCGCCGAGGUGGCGCCGCGCGAGGAGCGGGCCCCGGCGUGGGCGGCCGAGCCCCGGCUGCACGCCGCCUCCGGGGCGGCGGCCGCCCGACUGCUCAAGCCCGAGCUGCAGGUGUGCGUGUUCUGCCGGAACAACAAGGAGGCGGUGGCGCUCUACACUACCCACAUCCUGAAGGGACCCGACGGGCGAGUGCUGUGCCCGGUGCUGCGCCGCUACACGUGUCCCCUGUGCGGCGCCAGCGGCGACAACGCGCACACGAUCAAGUACUGCCCGCUCUCCAAAGUGCCGCCGCCGCCCGCUGCCCGCCCGCCGCCGCGCAGCGCCAGGGACUGCCAGCCCGGGAAGAAGCCGCGCUGACGGCCUGGGCUCCGUUCUGCUGCCACCUGACGCCACCAGGGCCCCCGCCUGCUCGCUCUCAUUUUCGGUCUGCGCACCAGCUUUCCCUCGCUGCUGGAGAGGCGUGGAGCUCGGCAGUUAGCUCCACUGGGGAAGUCUUGUUUUGGGUUUUUUUUGUUCUUGAAAGCAAGCCGGCCGUGCGGAGAUUACUUUGCUGUCGAAGAGCGGUUGAGACUAGACGCUACAAUUUUGAUUUAUCUCUGGUUUCUAGUUUGUGCACAUCCAGACGGUGAAGGCUGGGUGUGUUUCCCACUACCUGAAAUCUGGCAACUUAAUGGCACUGUUUAUUUACUGUAUACGUCGAUCUAUUUUAGAUGCGCAUCAGUAUGAAUUGUCUCAAUCUAAUCUCGGAUGUUUAAUUUUAUGGAGGCACUUUACUAGGUCUAGAAUAUUUUUUUAAAAGCCUCAUAACUUUACUGGAAACUGGCGAUUUUAUGAAAUGUCGGCAAAAUGACUAUUUUAUUGUUUAGAAACAAUAUUUCUUAGUUGUCCUUAAUCAGUUACUCUAAUUCCAGGUGAAGCAAGCCCCUGGCAGCAUCACCCUUUUGAGAAGUGAAGGUUUAGUAAACUUUCCAGUAUUAAUUUGUGUGGGUAUUCCCUCCUUGUGGCUUGUUUCAGACUUGGCUGGAGAUAUAAAAAUGCACAAUCUGUAGCAGGUAGAAUAUAGCUCCUUAUCUUUUAUGUACCAGAUCUUUUUAUUACUAAACUAGCAACUAGCAUUUCCACCUUGAAAAUUUGUGCCAAGUUAUAAUCCUGUUGUGUAUACACUUGAAAAUUGGUGCUGUUUAAAAACUUGACUUGUGUAUUUAUACAGUAA